UGUUCCCACUAUUUGAAAUCCCUGGUUGUACCCUGAUUUCUUUCUUUCUUUUAAGCCUUUUUCUAGUCUGCUUACCUUGCAGCUCAAGAUUAUCUCGCGUUGUUGUUGCUGUUUUCCCUGUUUGCACUUUGGUGCGCGACUGUCUCUUCUGAAACCCAGGGCGUUCUCUCACUCUCGCUGGCCAACUGGGAGAAAAAGAAGAAGAAGAAAAGUAAACGCCGUCUUUACCUAACAAAAAACUUUACAUCUGGUCACAUCAUAUCACUCAAUUUCACGAAUUACACGAAUAUCAACGACUCGUUGAUACGUUAUCAUCACACCGCCGUGUCCUACUGCUAUCAAGCAAUCAACACUCACCAAUCUAUCAACAACCAACAAACACACACAACACACAUCAUGGCACCUACACCAGAUACCUCCAACAUCCCCGAAGCCCCACCAGCCCUAUCGUCCAACGCCACCUCCCGCAGCGACGGCUUCAGUCCCGGCGCCAUCAUCGGCAUCGUCAUAGCCAUUGUCAUCCUCAUUCUAACCGUCCCUCUCAUCGCCGUCUGCCUGCGCCGCUACGAAAAGUCGCGUCUCCGCGAAACACCCAAGAGCCCCGGGAGCAGCAGCGCCAGCCUGCGGAGCGUGCAGGAAGACCACAGUCUGAAAAGCAUUCUUGUUACCAAGGAGUUGUCGCGGUCGAGUGUGCGCAUGGAGAGGGCGGACGAGAGGAUACGGAGGCCCGAGGAGGUGUACGGGGGCGGGAGGGAGAGGGAGAGGGCGUGGAGUUGUACUGAGGUCCAUGGUGGAGAGAAGUAGAGGAAGAUGCUGGGUUUUUUUCUCUUACUUUCUUUAGAUGAGGAUUUUUGAGUUCCAUGGGCUAUGAAGCGCCUAAAAGAAGACUUAAUUUUCGCCUGCGAGGGCGAUUCCGCGUUAAUUUAUGCUGAGAUAAUGUAGCGUUUUCACUGUUUGUGUAUGGGGGGCUGGUCCUCCCGGGGACUGCCUUCUUCUUUGUUUGUUGGCUUCUCGCUCAGUUCUUGAGGUUAGCGGAGUGUCGAAAAGACUGCGCAGAUGUAGGCUUGGGAAUAUUUCCAGUAUUAAUAGAGUGAGGUUAUACCGCACCAAAGACCAAGUAGCGUCGAUACUUGACUAUAGUCGUCGAUAUAGAUGCAUCUGCAUCCGCAUAUUUUCAAGCUCAAUUGGAUAGCUCAGCCUGUCAUCCAACCUAAACCAUCGACUAUC